AUGGCUCCCGUAUACCCUAAGAAGAAGUGCGGUGUUCUCGGUGCCACUGGCUCUGUGGGCCAGCGUUUCAUUCUGUUGCUGGCAGACCACCCCUUCCUUGAGCUUCACGCUGUUGGUGCUUCCGAGCGCUCAGCCAACAAGAAGUACAAGAAUGCUGUGAAAUGGAAGCAGGCCUCUCCCAUGUCCGAGAAGCUCAGCAACCUAGUUGUGCGUGAGUGCAAGGCUGAACUGUUUUCGGACUGUGAUCUUGUCUUCUCCGGACUGAACAGCGAUAUUGCUGGCGAGACUGAAAUGGCAUUCAUCAAGGCAGAGAUCCCUGUCUUCUCAAACGCAAAGAACUUCCGCAAAGACCCAUUGGUGCCUUUGGUGGUUCCCACCGUGAACCCCCAACACAUGGAUCUGAUUCCUCAUCAGCGUGAGCAGUAUGGCCUCAAGAAGGGCUUCCUGGUCUGCAACUCCAACUGUGCCGUCAUUGGCAUCGUCAUUCCCUUCGCUGCUCUCCAGGCCAAGUUCGGCCCUGUCGAGGAAGUCGAGGUGUUCACCGAACAGGCCGUCUCCGGAGCUGGUUACCCCGGUGUGCCUACCAUGGAUAUUUUGGACAAUGUCAUCCCAUACAUUAGCGGCGAGGAGGAUAAGCUCGAGAACGAGGCCCAAAAGAUCCUGGGUUCAUUGAAUGCUAACGCUACUGGCUUCGAUGAGCAGAGUGGUCUCCGCGUUGGUGCCACUUGCACCCGUGUUGGUGUCACUGACGGCCACAUGGCAUUCGUUUCCCUGCGUUUCAAGAACCGUCAGACUCCUACCGCCGAGCAGGUCAAGGAGGCGCUGCGGGAAUACAAGUCCGAGGCACAGAAGCUGGGUGCUCCUUCCGCACCAGAGCCCGCCAUCAAGGUGUUCGAUGAGCCUGACCGCCCCCAGCCCCGCCUGGAUCGUAACAUCUGCGGUGGCUAUACAGUGAGCGUUGGCCGAGUCCGUGAGGGUGCCGCUGGCGGUCACUUCGAUAUCCGAUUCGCUGCCCUCUCUCACAACACCGUCAUUGGAGCUGCGGGAUCGUCUAUCCUCAAUGCUGAGGUUGCCGUGAUCAAGGGAUACAUUUAG